AGGGGUGUGCAUGGAACCACCAGCGGCAGUUCGGUUUGAAUUUCAACUGAAUUCGAACUGAACCACUGGUCUGCUAACUGGUUCAUUAGAACCGGCUUGUGGUUUGGUUCGUGCUGUCGAACCAGGUUUGACAAGGUGAUCUCUAGACAUGGACCGCAUGCCUCUGAUGCAGAAUAUAAACAAUGUGACUGAAUUUGUCUUCUUGGGCCUCACCCAGAACAAAGAGAUGCAGAAAGUAUGUUUUGUGCUUUUUCUGUUCUUUUAUUCAGCCAUAGUCCUGGGCAACCUUCUCAUAGUUGUCACUAUAAUCUUCAGCUCCCGCUUGAACUCUCCCAUGUAUUUUUUCCUUGGCCACUUAUCUUUUGCAGAUAUCUGCUACUCUUCUGUGACAGCCCCCCAAAUGAUUACAGACUUCCUUGUUGAGAAGAAAACCAUUUCUUUCAUUGGUUGCCAUAUACAGCUUUUUACUAGCCAUUUCUUUGGCUGUGCAGAGAUCUUCAUCCUUACAGUGAUGGCAUAUGACCGGUACAUUGCAAUCUGUAAACCUCUUCACUAUACCACCAUUAUGACUAAGCGUGUUUGUGGCCAGAUAGUGGCAGCUGCAUGGGUUGGAGGGCUUAUACAUUCCAUGGCACAGAGUCUUAGUGUCAUACAACUUCCUUUUUGUGGGCCCAAUGAAAUUGACCACUAUUUUUGUGAUGUCCACCCUUUACUGAAACUGGCAUGCUCAGACACCCACAUAAUUGGAAUCAUAGUGGUCGUCAACAGUGGAAUGAUUACUCUGACUAGCUUUGUCAUCUUGGUUGUGUCAUAUGUUGUCAUUUUGCUUACCUUGAGAUCUCGUUCCUCCGAAGGGCACCGCAAAGCUCUUUCUACCUGUGCUUCUCAUGUCACUGUAGUAAUUUUAUUCUUUGGUCCAUGUACCUUUACCUACAUACGUCCUUCCAGCAACCUCUCAGAAGACAAGAUGGUGUCUGUGUUCUAUACUGUUAUCACCCCAAUGCUCAACCCCUUGAUCUACACGCUAAGGAAUGAGGAGGUGAAGAAUGCCAUGAGAAAACUAUGGAGUAGGAAAGUGUUUUCAAGUGAGAAAGCAAAAAUGUGAACUUGCUUUAGUCAAAUGAUUCAGGUAGAAAUUAUUCAUAUAUGCAGUAAUGGUGUUUUAGUAGCUCCCGACUACAGUAAUUUGAAGAACGACAAAUUUAUUGUCUCAGAAAU